UAUGCAGUUUCGGAACAAAAAUAUUUACCAAAGUGACAGCAGAAAAAGCAAACAGUCUGGAAAAACCCCCAAAAACCUUGAAAAUCCUGUAAAAUCAUGGAAAAACCUGGCCAAAGUUCUGCUGCGAAGCUUAAGGAGCGCAUGGAGCGUCUGAAGAAGUUGCACGACGCACGAAAUCAGGCGCGCGUGAGUAACCAGAAGGAAGUGAUUGCUGAGAACAACCAGAAGAAGCUUCCGGCCAACUGGGAGGCGCGGAAGCGCAAGACGGAGUGGCUGCUGGCCGAGGAGGCGGCCAAGGAGAAGGCGGCCAGCGAGGGAAAGGACUUUGAGCGCGUGAAAAUGCUGGGUGUGUCAGUGAGUGAGGCGGAAAUUGCGCUGAAGAAGAAGCGCAAGGGUGACGGAAGUUUCUCCAGCUACGAAGCCCAGACAGCUCGUCAGUACGAGCGAAGCAUCAACAUCCUGCCGCCGUGUAUCCGGGAGAACUACGAGGCGCGCAAGAGGGAGGCCGAGGAGGACGAGAGCAAUCCGCUGAGGCAUUUGCAUCCCAGAGACUCUCCGGCGGCGAUUGACAACAUGGUUGAGCAUCUGCAGAAGCAGAUUGACAAGAAGAAGAACUUCUCCAGGCGGAGGACUCACAAUGACGACGCCGACAUUGACUACAUCAAUGAGAAGAACGCGAGAUUCAAUGCGAAGCUGGAGAGAUUUUAUGGCGAACACACAGUGGAGAUCAAGAAGAAUCUGGAGAGAGGAACAGCUGUGUAAAAUAUAUACUUGUGUCACUUUAUUCACCACGAUA